UCCAUCUCUUUCAUUUCAAUUCAAGCCUCAAGGCUGCCUGUGGUCUGUUCUUUCUUGUGUCGGAAGUGCUGAGAAAAGUAGGUGAUGUUUUGGCGAACGUAAUGUAACGAAUAGUUGAAAUUCCUCAAAAUUAAUGUCUAUAGAGAUAUACAUAAAUAUCUCGGCACCUAUAAUUAGCGAAAAGGAAUUUUGUCAAAUAUGAAGAUUUGGACCUCUGAACAUACAUUUCACCAUCCUUGGGAGACGGUUGCUCAAGCAGCAUGGAGGAAAUAUCCUAAUCCUAUGAACCCCGCCGUUAUCGGCAUCGAUGUGGUUGAUAGAAAGGUGGUGAAUGGAGUUUUACACACCCACAGACUCGUCAGUUCAAAGUGGUUUUUUCCACGCUGGGCGCAAGCACUCAUUGGCACAGCCAAAAUAUGCUAUGCCAGUGAAAAGUCAGAAGUGAACCCAAAUGAACGUGAAAUGACGCUGAAGACAACAAAUCUUACGUUUUGCCGAUACAUUGCGGUAGAUGAAACUGUUAAAUAUACUCCAGAUCCUGCAGACCCCUCAAAAACCCUAUUGACCCAGGAGGCAGUGGUAACUGUUCAAGGAGUGCCACUCAGCAGCUACAUGGAAGAUUUGUUAACAAAUAGAAUAUCCUUAAAUGCAGGCAAAGGGCGUCAAGCAAUAGAAUGGGUUAUAGGAAAACUGGACUCUGAAAUAAAAGAAUUAGCCAAUUCAGCCUGCAAAAGCACAGAUGAGCUUCUAUCACAGACUAAAAAGUCCUUAGAUGAUAUCACAACCACAGCACGAAGAUCAAUGGAUGAUAUAUCAUCCAAAGCUAAAAGAUCACUGGAUGACAUUGAAAAAUUCAGAAAGGCGAAUGCUAAUCAACGAAGCUGAAAGGAGGAGUAAUUCUGAAUCUAGCUAAUGGAGGUGAAAUGAAUUAGUUUUUCGAUUAUUGACUAUUGAACUAAUCCUUAUGUUAAUGAGUUUGUAAUAAUUGCUUGAAGUAAAAAACCAACUGUAUUAUAAUUUUAAAUGUUGUUAUUACAUAAGGAUCCUUUGAUAAACAUUAGUUGCAUUGAACCAUUGAUAGUGUAUCAAGUUAUUUAUAGUGGGGAAUGUAUUUAAUUUUUUAUACUUAAUAACUAUCUUUGUGUAUAUAUAGCUAAUAAUAUGUAAUUUUGUCAUGAAAUAUGAUGUAAAAAGUAUUCAUCAGAGAAAACAGUUAUCUUAAAAGAUGCAUUUUAUGUGUAUUUUCGUUCAGUAUGGGGUAUUAAAAUGAUUAUAUAUUCUCACUAGUCCUGUAAUACCAACAGCAUAGGAAUUAAAGAAAAUUACAUCUUUUUUGGUUUUGUAUGAAUCAAUUUGAAAUAAGCGUCGUAUUGGUUUCUCAGAUAAUAUUUUAAAGUUAACUUUUAGUAAAAUAUAAAACAGUGUCAGGAUAAGGUGUGCUGAAUGUGUACUGUAAUAAUCAAUUGGUAAUUUCUACACAAAAUUCAGAUUUGAUUAAUCCAUAGUCCAUACGCAUUGCUCACUAUAUUUCAUUGUAAAAUAUAUUUUCAUUUAAUAAAUUUUUUGUAUAUGGCUGUCAA